UUUUCCGCCAAAACUAAAUCUUGCGCAAUAUGGUCCUACUUUCUUUUCGUGUAGUUCCUUGUGUCGUUUGUCUCUUGUUUCUACUCGACUCUCAAAAUGCACAAAAAGAGUCAAGCUGCAGCCGUGCAAAAAACUGUAAUGAAUGUAUGGGUAUACGCCCAUCAUGUGCGUGGUGUAGUGCAGAUGAAUAUGAUGAUACGAAAGAAGGUCCAGGGUUUCGGUGUGCGCCGUCGUCAGUUCUACUGGCUCGUGGAUGUCCAGAAAGCAGUAUAGAGAAUGUCGAGUCCGUCGUCUUGGAUCAUGGAGUUCCUCUUGAUCAAUCCAGUUCAGCUGAAGACAUACAGCUUACGCCACGGUCACAAUCAGUAAAGGUCAGACCUGGAGGGACUAUGAUGGUCAAUUUUACAUUCCAGUCUAUUUCGGAUUACCCCGUUGACCUUUAUUUUCUGACGGAUCUCAGUUAUACAAUGAUUGAUGACUUGGAGACAGUUUCUCGUUUGACUAACGAUAUUGUAUUAACUAUGCGUAACGUGACAAAAAAAUUACAAAUGGGAUUUGGCGCGUUUGUAGACAAACCAGUCUUUCCUUUUGUUGUGCCAACUCCGGAAUACCUUCGAAACCCAUGUUUGAAUGUUGGUACUAAGAAUCUCCAUUGUGACCCUCCAUUCUUAUACAAACACAUUUUGUCACUAACUGAUAAUUUUGAGGAGUUUCGAGAAAAAACCAAAGUAGCACGUCCCUCAGGUAAUCUAGAUAGCCCAGAGGGUGGUAUGGAUGCACUACUUCAGGUUGCUCGAUGCGGUGAAGCUAUUGGAUGGCGUGCUGGUGCCAGGAAAAUUGUACUGUUUGCUUCUGAUGGUGGAUUCCAUGUAGCUGGUGAUGGUCGGAUCGCUGGAUUAAUACUGCCUCCUCCGACUACCUGUCAACUAACAUAUCAGGCUGAUCGAUUCAAUUCUUCGCUCAAGUAUCUCGGUUGGCAUAACUCUGAUCAAACUGACUAUCCUAGCGUUGGGGAGAUUGCUCAAGUUCUAACUGAAGCUGAUAUCAGUGUAAUCUUUGCAGUUGAUAGUAAAUUACACGGUUUGUACAAUAAAUUGGCCGAAUUCUUGCCAAGUGCAUCUGUUGGCAUUCUAACUGAUAGUUCGACUAACAUUGUUCGCUUGUUGCGUGAUAAUUAUGAUAAAAUUGUCAAUAAAGCUGAGCUAAUGGCUACUUAUGAUGCAGAUUAUCUGGAGGUUCAAGUAUUUUCCAAAUGUAAUGAUGAAAACGAAUUCUCAAAGAAAACAGUGUGUAAUGAUCAUCCGGUUGGUGGUAAAAUAAGUUAUCAAAUAUCUGUCAAAGCUAAACGAUGUUUUGAAGGUGUUAAAAAAGUCACCUUGAAAAUGGUUGCAUUAGAAGAUCAAGCAGUACUUGGUGUUCAGACAGCUUGUUCUUGUCCUAAUUGUGAGAAACUGCCAUUACCUGGUUCAUUAGUUCCAUUCUCUGCAAGAUGUCAGUUACGUGGACAUUUACAUUGUGGUGAAUGUAAAUGCCAGUCUGGGUAUUCUGGUGACUUUUGUGAAUGUUCUGCUGAGGCUACUGCCGAAGGAGAUGCUGCUAUGCUGGCGCAGUGUACGGAGUAUGGAGUUAAAGAGCCUUGUUCAGGUCGUGGUCGUUGUGUAUGUGGAAAGUGUAAAUGUAAUCUAGCACGUUAUGAAGGUACUUUUUGUGAAUGUGACCGACAUGGAUGUAAACGUGCUUCCGAUGAUAAUCAAGUUUGUGGAGGACCACAACGUGGAACUUGUCAAUGUAAUGGUACAUGUGAAUGUAAGCCAGGCUAUACAGGAGAUCGAUGUGAUUGUAUGGAAAGUGAGAAACAAUGCAUUGAUCCAAACAAUCCAUCAGGUCCUAAAUGUUCUGGUCGUGGUGUAUGCGAUUGUGGCCAAUGCUUUUGUAACAGUGGCUAUACUGGUCAUUUAUGCAAUGAAAUUCAAGGUGGUGAAUCCGCACUAUGCACAGAUCGUGAUGUGGAAAAAUGUGUUCUAUGCUUACGUGAUUCAUUAGUGAAAAGUUUUGAUAUAGCGGAAAAAUCGAAAAAUGAUAAAAUGACAAAAACCAACAUGGAAUCCGAUGAUGAAUCAUUGAAAUUAAAUCAAAAUCAACCGGAUUCACUGGUUUAUUCAUCACGUGAAUAUGCAAUUGCGGCUGCACAAUGUGAAUCGGCAUGUAAUGGAACUGUGGUUGAUACUAGUAGAGUGAAAUUAGUUGAAGUUAGUGAACAAAAAGAUGAUUCAAAUCUUUGUAUUAUUUACACGGAAGAUAAUUGUCGAGUAUUUUUCACUUAUCGUUAUUCUGAUGCAAUCUAUGUUAAUCGUAAAGUUGAUUUAAAUAUUAUUCGUAAAAGUGAAUGUACAAAAACCAUCAAUAUUCUUUACAUUGUACUCGGUGUUAUUGCAGCCAUUGUACUUGGUGGAUUAAUACUUUUAUUAAUCUAUAAACUAGUCAUCACUAUUGAUGAUCGUCGUGAAUUAGCCAAUUUUAAACAACAAGGUGAAAAUAUGCGUUGGGAAAUGGCUGAAAAUCCUAUUUUCGAAUCACCAACAACAAAUGUUCUCAAUCCGACAUUUGAAGAGAAUGGUUAUUGAUUGAUUGAGUGAGUGAGUGAUGAAGAAAAGAGAACAGAACAGAACAGAACAUCAAAUCAAAUCGGGACUCAUUCGUUUGCCUAUUCAAUGACAAAUAACCAAUCGUGAUAUUCUCUGGGCUUGUUUUUAUUCUUGCUUUCUAUUUUUAUUUCUGCAUAUUUUAUACUUGUAUCAUUUUCAAUAUGAUGUUAUGUAUUUUCUAUAUGCUUGUUUUACAUCACUUUGAGACAACAAAUAAUAUGACGACUACAUUGAAAAAUAUAAUAAAUAUUUAUCAAAAUCAAACAUACCUCUCUGUGCCUUAUUAUUAUUACUACUAUAUUAU